CCUUUCGAUUGGGGCCAUGAGUCACGACCCACCUCUCUCUCUCUCUCUCUCUGUCUCUCAUGUCUCAAUCCCACGGUUUUCUCGACCCAGAAAGAGAAAGUGUGGCCGUUUCUAUAGUGUUCGUGUACUCAUUUGUAUAUACACUAAAAAAACCUUUCCAGAUUCUCUCUGGAUUUCAAAUUUAAUCACCAUUCUCUCACUCUCUCUCUUCUGAAGCCAUUAACAAUGGAAGGUGUGCAUUUCGCUCUCUUUUUACUCUCCAUGAAUGCUACCUUGCUUUCUUGACACCCAUCUUGUUCACACACCAAGUAAAGAACCCAAAAAGGAAAAAAGAUUCAGACCCAAUUCCCUUUGUUUUGCCCUCUGCUCUGUUUCUUGAUUUUCUUUAUGUGCAAUUUUGACUCUAAAUCCAAAUGUCUAACAACCCAUAUCACCAAGACAUGGAAACAGUGCCUAUUUGCUCUGAUUUUCUCAAGAAAUUCAAGCGUUUGAGACUGUUCGAACCCUCUUUGGGCGUUCUGGGAUUCUUUCUUGUAACUGUCUGUGUCCUAUGUUGCUUCUUUUACUUGGAUUACAGUGCUGUGGCCACAAGGUUUCGAAUUUCAACAGAGUCUGAGGAGUUUGUGUUGCUGAAAUUUAAUGGGUCUGUUGAGGAUCGAAGGGUUGAGUUCUUGAGUGAAAAGGGUGGUGGGUGUGAUGUGUUUGUUGGUGAUUGGGUUUGGGAUGAGACAUAUCCAUUGUAUCAAUCAAAAGAUUGCAGGUUUUUGGAUGAGGGGUUUAGGUGUGAUGAGAAUGGACGGCCUGAUUUGUUCUACACCAAGUGGCGUUGGCAGCCCAAAGAUUGUAACUUGCCCAGAUUUAAUGCAAAAGUGAUGUUGGAGAAAUUGCGGAACAAGCGGUUAGUAUUUGUUGGAGACUCAAUCGGAAGAAACCAAUGGGAGUCCCUACUAUGCAUGCUUUCUUCUGCAGUUCCAAAUAAGGAUUCCAUAUAUGAAGUGAAUGGAAGCCCGAUCACAAAACACAAAGGGUUUUUAGUCUUCAAGUUUAGGGAUUAUAACUGCACUGUCGAGUACUACCGGGCCCCAUUUCUUGUACUGCAGAGCCGACCUCCUGCUAAAUCUCUGCCAAAAAUAAAAACUACCCUCAAAUUAGAUCAAAUGGAUUGGAGCUCUUCACAGUGGAGAGAUGCGGAUGUGCUUGUGUUCAACACAGGGCAUUGGUGGAAUUAUGAGAAGACCAUAAGAGGGGGUUGUUACUUCCAAGAAGGAGCAGAGGUGAAGAUGGAGAUGAAAGUUGACAAUGCAUACAGGAAGUCCUUAGAUACUGUGAUAGACUGGAUACACCGUGAAGUGAAUACAAGCAAGACCCAGGUUUUUUUCCGCACAUAUUCCCCCGUUCAUUUCAGGGGUGGUGAUUGGAGAACCGGGGGAAGCUGCCACUUGGAGACACUACCCGAGCUAGGCUCCUCAUUGGUUCCACCCCAAACUUGGGCUCGAUACAGCAUAUUUCUUGAUGUAUUAUCAUCUGUCUCAAACACAUCAAAGUUAGAAACAUUAGACAUAUUGAACAUUACGAUCAUGUCUUCACGAAGAAAAGAUGGGCAUUCAUCUCUAUACUAUCUGGGUCCCAAGGAGGGACCUGCUCCACUCCAUAGGCAGGACUGCAGCCACUGGUGUCUUCCUGGAGUCCCCAAUGCAUGGAAUGAGCUACUUUACACGUUAUUUUUAAAACGUGAGACUGUUCGCAUGUGGAAUUCAUCUACAUUUCUGGCACCAUCAUGAUUGGUGAAGAGCAUCUUAUUUAUUUGCCAACUUGAAAAGGAGAAGGAGAGUGGAAAUUGAGUUUUUUGAAGCUCUUAGAAUUGACAUGUUGUUGGAGAGAGAUCAGACACAGGGGAAGCACGGUUUUGGUCAGGUUUUCGGUUCUUGAACAUAAGAGAAGCUCAAUUUUUAGGGCAAGUUGGUGGAAUGGGAUUUUUUUGGAAUAAGAUACGGGAAAUUCUAUGAAAUUCUUCAGAAUAGGGGCAAAACGUUUUGAUUCCUUUUGUUGUGAUUAUAGGGCGAUAUAUGGGAUUUAGAAUAAGUAAAUGUAAGUAGCAAAUUUUGUUUUUUAUAUUUAACUUGUAUCAUGGACAAAUGUAAUGUAUGUAAUACUUUUCAGUGUAGAAUACAAAGCUCACUUGGCAAUGGUCAUUGUUUUAUA